AAGAGAUUGAGCUACCCUGACACUCCGCUACUUGGGCGCAUGCGCAUAGGAUCUACCCAACAGUUUUCUGGGUGGAAAGUGGCGUUUCGAGGAGGAGGAGGCAGCGUUGGCGUGCCCGGAAGUGGUAUCGGCCUGGAGGGCGAGCGGGAUCGUGGUGCCGCUGUCGGGGCACAGCUGCUGGCGCUAGGCCUAACCGAGGAGAGCGGCUUUUCCUGAGGCGAGAAAGAAGAAGCGGUCCUCCAAGGGUUAAGGCAACUUUUCCAGAUAGCCCAACAACCAAGUCACCAGUUUCCAAAGGCAUUUGCACCACCUAUAAACUUCGGAUCUGUGCACACCAGAUGCCCUUGACAACUCAUCCUACCGUCCCUCUGCAGAAAAGUUGCUACAACAGCGGACAGUGAAGGCCACCACUGAGUUUCUUUUAUUACCAAGUAGAUAUAAUAUCCCUGCAAGCAAAACAGAGUACAUAAAGUGUCUCUUCACAACCAGCUGAGACCAUGCUAAAAAAAAUGGCAGCCUAAACAAGGACCCCUUCUUUUCUUGGGUAUCCAGAAUUUGAAGGAGAGACUCUGACCACUGGUAAGUGACUAACAUUUUACACACUGAACUGGUCCUGAGAACUGAGAUGUCUUCUUUGUAAGUGAAGAAUAUACAACAUAAUCUUGAAGACCUGCACAGGGGUGUGAGCCAGAGGUGUACUCGGUGUGUGUAAUGGACUGAAAAACAGACAAAUUAAUCUUGUUGAAAGGACUUUUUAUUUUUUGUUUCUAUUUGCCAGAGUUAGUCAGUGUUUUGCUGGCUUAGACUGUAACUUUUUUUCUGGUACUUCCUUUUUAUUCUAAUGGGUCCCAGAAAUCCCUCUCCUGAUCCCUUACCGGAAUCAGAAAGUGAAGAAGAAGAAAAUGCUAACUACCUAAAUGAGAGUUCUGGGGAAGAAUGGGAUUCCUCUGAAGAAGAGGAUCCUGUGGUGCCAAACUUAACACCUCUUGAGAGUCUUGCCUGGCAGGUUAAGUGCCUUUUAAAAUACUCAACAACUUGGAAACCUUUAAAUCCAAAUUCUUGGUUAUAUCAUGCUAAACUCUUGGAUCCAAGCACACCAGUCCACAUACUUCGAGAGAUAGGUCUAAGGCUCUCCCACUGCUCCCAUUGUGUACCCAAACUGGAACCAAUUCCUGAAUGGCCUCCUUUGGCUUCUUGUGGAGUCCCACCUUUUCAAAAGCCCCUUACAAGUGCCAGCCGGCUUUCUAGAGAUCAUGCCACUCUAAAUGGAGCAUUGCAAUUUGCUACCAAACAGUUAAGCCGAACAUUGAGUAGAGCCACUCCCAUACCUGAAUACCUAAAACAGAUCCCUAAUUCAUGUGUUUCUGGUUGUUGUUGUGGCUGGUUAACUAAGACAGUUAAGGAAACAACCCGCACUGAACCCAUCAACACUACUUACUCCUAUACUGACUUCCAAAAGGCAGUUAAUAAACUCCUAACUGCAUCACUAUAAAGAUUCACUGUUCUGCUGUCUGUCAUGUUGCUAACAGAAGAGGUAGUACAAAGUUGCACAAACAAUAGUUGAGAAAUUAAUCCCUUUUCAACCUACCAAGUACUGAUACUGAAUAUAUACCCAAGAACCUCAUAACUCAACUACAGAAAAUGUGCAUUGUGAGCAUUCCCUUAGACAGAUCCUGUGGAUAAAAGGAGAAUGUCAAUGGAUAAUUAGUCAAAGGGACCAUACUACAAAAGAUAAAUUAACUAUUCUACAAACUCAGUUCUCCCUAUGCCACCCCAUUUACCCUGCCUGUCUGAAUGGACUCCAACUAAAUAUUUAAUUAUUAAUGUGAAAAAAGAAGUAGGCCACUACCAUUUUUGUUAACCCAAAUUUAAAAACAGCUGUUGAGGAAAGUAGGAAAUUAGCUACCCCCAAUAACACCUUUCUGAGCAUGCUCUUCUCUGGCAUUCAUUCCUAGAUAGGUAGUUGAAUUAAAUUGAAUAACUAGACAAAAAUGGUGGGAAUAUGGGUUUAUGUCCCAGCUUUUAUGUAGAUGGCCUACAUGUGGCACACUCUAGGUUCUUGUCUUCUUGGAGGGGGUGCAGUUUCAAACCUAGCCUGCAGGGCUAUAGAUCUGUAUUGGUGCCUGCAAUUACAGCAUAAACAUUUUAUAUCUAAUUCUCCCCACCAGGCUGUACCUAGCUAAACUGCCCUAUAAGAUCAGAACUGGGGAUUAAACAUACACCUAUUCUGGAGGGAAUAUGUUUCUUGCAUCUUGGCGCUCAGACUUUAGUCAAGAGCAAUUAAAACAUCCCAAAAGACCAAUGGGAACAGAUUAAUAAAGCAUUUAUGCUUUCACUAUUAAUUGCUAAUGGGUUAAAGUAUUUCAUCUAUGUUUCCUGCUGCAGUACUUUAUGCACUUUCCACAUUCAUUGUGAACUUUUCAGGAACCCUUGUAACU